CGCGCAGGCGCGCACGGAGCCGGUGGCGGCGGCGGCGGCGCAGCGGGGGCCGCCGCUGGGCUCGGCCGGGGCUGCGGAUGGCGGAGCGGCGACAGCGGCGGCGGGGCCCGGGCAGCGGCGGGGCGCCGGGGGAGGUGAGGUUGCAGAAUCAGCAUGUGUCUCUAUUAGUUAAAAAGACAGAAGCAGUCUCCGCCAGCCAAGAAACCAGCAAAAAUAUUUCACAAUGGAUGUAGAUGAUGAAGAAAACAUGAGUUUGAGCAGCACUGAUGUUAAAGAAAACCGCAACGUGGACAACGUUCCCCCCAAGGAUGGUGGUGGGCAAGGCACCGGGGAGGGAAUGCAGCUCUCCAACGGCGGUGGCAGCAGCAGCAGAAAGCGUCCUUUGGAGGAGGGCAACAAUGGCCACUCCAAAUUUCGCCCAAAGAAGAGGAAGAAAACGCCUGGCCCUGUUCUGCCAAAGAAUGCCCUGAUGCAACUUAAUGAGAUUAAACCUGGUUUACAGUACAAACUCCUCUCCCAGACAGGGCCGGUGCAUGCCCCCAUGUUUGUGAUGGCAGUGGAAGUAAACGGGCAGGUAUUUGAGGGAUCUGGCCCAACGAAAAAGAAAGCCAAGCUUUAUGCUGCUGAGAAGGCUCUGCGGUCUUUCGUCCAGUUUCCAAAUGCCUCAGAAGCCCACCUGGCAAUGGGGAGGACUCUGUCAGUCAACACGGACUUCACCUCUGACCAAGCGGACUUCCCUGACACCCUUUUCAAUGGGUUCGAAACGCCUGUCCCUUCCGAUGCUUCCUUUUACCUAGGGUCCAAUGGGGACGGGUCCUUUAGCUCUAGCGGGGACUACGGUUUGCCGUCAUCUGCUGUAGCCAGCAGCCUUUCCCAGUCGCCUCACCCCGUGCCAUCCCCCUACCCCUCCACCAGCGGGAAGAACCCUGUCAUGAUCCUCAACGAGCUGCGGCCGGGGCUGAAGUACGAGUUUCUCUCAGAGAGCGGGGAGAGCCAUGCCAAAAACUUUGUCAUGGCUGUGGCUGUGGACGGUCAGACUUUUGAAGGCUCGGGAAGGAAUAAAAAGCUGGCAAAGGCUCGGGCAGCUCAGUCGGCCCUGGCAUCCUUGUUUAACAUGCAGCUGGACCAGACCCCAUCUCGACAGCCCAUUCCCAGCGAGGGGCUCCAGUUACACUUGCCACAGGUUUUAGCUGAUGCUGUUGCACGCUUGGUUGUAGAUAAAUUCAGUGAUUUGACAGAAAAUUUCACAUCUCCACAUGCACGUAGAAAAGUCCUUGCUGGAAUUGUCAUGACAACAGGUACAGAUGUGAAAGAUGCCCUGGUCAUAAGUGUUUCUACAGGAACAAAAUGCAUUAACGGUGAAUAUAUGAGUGAUCGUGGAUUUGCAUUAAAUGAUUGCCAUGCAGAAAUUAUAUCUCGCCGGUGCCUGCUUAAAUUUCUGUAUACGCAACUUGAGCUUUAUCUAAGCAAUAAAGAUGAUCAGCAAAAAUCCAUUUUUAUCAAAUCGGAGCGAGGCGGGUUUAAGCUGAAGGAGAAUGUGCAGUUUCAUCUCUAUAUCAGCACAUCUCCUUGUGGCGAUGCUAGGAUUUUUUCACCACACGAAGCAGCGCAAGAGGAUCAAGGGGACAGGCAUCCAAACCGCAAAGCAAGAGGACAGCUACGGACAAAAAUAGAAUCUGGGGAAGGGACCAUCCCUGUGCGCUCUACUACCACUAUCCAGACGUGGGAUGGUGUAUUGCAAGGAGAAAGGCUACUUACCAUGUCAUGCAGUGACAAGAUAGCAAGGUGGAACGUAUUGGGUAUUCAAGGAGCCUUACUUAGCCUCUUUGUGGAGCCAAUUUACUUCUCUAGCAUCAUCUUGGGGAGUUUAUAUCAUGGGGAUCAUCUAUCCAGAGCCGUAUACCAGAGGAUAGCAGAGAUAGAAGAUCUACCACCUCUUUAUACACUCAACAGACCUUUACUUAGUGGCAUUAGCAAUGCAGAAGCCCGUCAACCAGGGAAAGCACCAAACUUCAGCGUGAACUGGACAGUAGGAGACACUGGUCUUGAAGUUAUUAAUGCCACAACUGGCAAAGAUGAAAUGGGUCGUGCAUCUCGCCUUUGUAAGCAUGCUUUUUACAGCCGCUGGAUGCGUAUUCAUGCAAAGCUUUCCUCCAGCUUGUGUGCAAAGAUCCUCAAGCCUAACCUGUACCAUGAAACCAAGCAAGGAGCCACUGAGUAUCAAACUGCCAAAGAGUGUUUGUUUAAAGCAUUCCUGAAGGCAGGACUUGGAGCCUGGGUGGAGAAGCCCAUAGAACAGGAUCAGUUUUCUCUGACGGUCUGAUUCACAGACUGCACAUCACUUUGAAAAGGGGAAUUCCUGAUGUCCAGCAUUGCUUUCUGGCAUCUCCACAGCCAUCAAAGCAUCUUUUUACUGCUUGGAGUUGUUUUUUUUCCUUUUUUUUUUUUUUUUUUAAACUUCAUGGUAACUGUUUCUGUUUGGCCUAAGUAUUGAAACUCAGUGAUGAUCUGGCACAUAAUUGUAUAUUUUGUUAUGGGAAAGUAAUUUCUGCUGUAUUUCUAGAAAUACUUACUGUAGAAAACUUGCAGUAAGGCUGUCCUUACAGUAUACAAUGACUCAUUUUUUCUGGGUUAAAAUAAUUUGGUUUUUUUAAUUGAAUGUCAUCAAGUGCAUGAAGAAAUGAAAGUUUCUCUAGGUUUUACACCACACUUUUAGGAAGUAGCUUAAUUUUUUAAAAAGAAAAUAGGUGACAAAGUUGAUUCUACUCCUCUGUUAACUUGUUUUUGAACUGCAGAUAUUUCUAGCAUAUAGACCACAGAGCCAGAAUGGAGUCUGGACAGCUAGUUUCUCCCCACUUCCUUGCUCUUUAAAACCAGCUGCUGAAAAUUUCAUGUCUUUGAUGUAUGUAUUUAUUAGUCUGUGACCCAGUUUUUAACAUGCAGCUUUUAAUUCUGUUUUUAAAAAUACAUUUACCUCCCAUUUACACACAUUGUGAAGUCUUCAUUUUUUUACCAUUGUAAACUGGAAACAGCAAAAUAAUUAUUUGUAACUUAAGAAGUUUAGACUACAGUGUGCAGAAACCUGUUUAGAAGUAGGUGAUUUGUAUAUCCCAGGAACUCAUCAGAAUACAAUUGUAACUAUAACAGUAAUAUGACAACUUAAAAAAAAAAAAUGCUGAUUUUAAGGGCACUAAGCCUGAAUUGCCAAAACCAGUCACUUGCUGGGUAUUGAUUGUUCUUCUCUAAGCUCCUGUACAGGCAAAAAGUUGCUAAAACCUCUUUCCUGUGAGUUAUACCUGCUUUCGCCCAAGUUGUUGUGUCUCUGAGAUUUCAUUGCCUUUUGGCUUAACAUGUGUUCAUGAAGCUAAUUAGGUAAGUCGCUCUCAAAUGUGCUUUUGUUUGCUUUGACUAUUACUUAGAAAGGUGUUUUUCCUAAAGGUGUAGACUCUUCUGCUUUAUGUAAAAAUGUGAGAUAUAGGGGAAAUAUUGUGAAAUCUUUGAUUAACUGGUGUAUAGAAGGCAUUUUUAAAAACACUUUUUAGUACCUGAUGUUUAGGAGCGAGGAGACAGUGUCCAGUAUCGCUUAUCUGCUCACAUGGUGUGUGUCCAAACACAUCCCUUGGCUCAUACCCAUCCAGGUGUCACCUGUGCUUUCUGAAGACCAUCUCAGAGAUCCUCUGUGUUCCCUUUGCAAGUGAUGAAGGUGAUGCUUCAUGACAUGGGAGUUCGCCUGACAAAAACAAAUCAGUGGACCCACUUUUCCAGCUGUUGGUUCCUGUCCCUCCGCUCCACCACCCCUUGCCUGUGCCGUAUGGGACAUCAGAUCAGUGGGCUGGUCCAUGCUUUGAAGUCAAGUAUUACUUUUAGACCCACAUUGGGUCAGAGAUCCAGUUUAGAGUUGUGCUGGCUUAUCUGCAGAGGCAGUGGAGUGGAGCAUGGAUCCCUUCAGCCAGCUUCACAGCCAAAGCCUGUAUCAUGAAGCUGUAACUGGAGUUACUGUACUUCAGCCCCAGCCAUCUCUGGGGGGUUAGCAAAUACUUGGGGCGUUGGAGACUUUGAUGAAAAACCACUUCUGGCCAAUCGUGAAUGCCAAGGAGACAUACUACUUUGUGAUUGCUCAAGUAGGAACCCAUUUUCAACUUCAAAAAAUGAUCAAGCCUGAAAAUGACUUGUGCAUGAGUUGAAGCCUCUGGGUUAGUGUCUUGGAAGUAAUGCACUGAGGUGCAAACAAUGCAUUUUUGGCAGUAUUAUGGAUAAUAGCAAGCACUGCUGUGGGAAGGUGAGCAAUUCUGUGUCCUAGCAAUUGCCUCAGAAAAGACUGUGAUGCUUCCAGAGGUUGCUGCCUUUUCCAGAUGCCAGAGGAAGAAAUGUUACAAGCUGCAAUAGACAGGCUGUGUUAAUUCAGCUUCAUUGGUGACUUAAGCCAUCCUGUCCACUUCUCAUUAAAACCAAGAGUGCUCCCAUGGCCUCCACCAUCCCAAGAAGACUUUUGCAGUUGUCAUCCGACUAAGGAUUAGACUGACCUCUUCUAAAACUAGAAGAAACUUAACCAUAUGUGGUCAGAUUUUGCAAGCACUCGGGCAGCUGCCUUUUGAGAUCAACCUUGUUUCAUUCAUGUUGCAGAAAUUCCAUUGUGGCUGUAGUCGAAUACGUGCAUAUGUUUCUGCAGGAUCAAGGGAAAGCUGGUUGCACUGUGUGCAUUUUCUUGAGAUCAGUACUGCUAUUAGAUGAAAUGCACAUUUUUAAGGGGCUCAGUCUAUUGAUAAAUGAAGUCUGUUGAUAAUUUCCAGCAAAUUAUUUUUACCCAUCUUUCUGAAGUGCUCAUUCAAAAGUUGGUGUCUCUGGAUUUUUUUGAUGACUAGGAAAGUAUUAGCUCAAACUAUUUUUUUUAUGAAGUCACAAAUAUGAGCAAUAUAUUUAAGUAUUAUUAUAGACAUAGUUUUUUAAGCUGUUCAAAUGAAUGAUUAAAAUUAAACUGUAAAGGAAAUAUGUUCCAUGCCAGAACCUUUUGAUGAAGGAAUGGUGUCAGGUUAUUUAUGAGGAAUGAGUUCUCUUGUUUAUAAUUCUGGGAUUUUAAAAAGUAAGUUUUCCAGGGUUGUAUGCAAUCCAUAUCUAUCUUCUAGGAGUCAAUAAAAUACUGCGUGGCUUCCUUCACUUGCUUGUUCCUUUUUGUGCAGUUAAUACCUGGACAGAAGUUGGGAGGCAGAGUUGUGAUUGCUGAUGCUCCCGUAUUCCUCACAAAUCACCAUCACCGAGCAAGAAUGGAUAGCAAUGUAUAUAAUUUCAAGCGACUGCAAAAGAUAAAGACAACUCAGCUUCCGGCAGCUGCAGAAUUUUGUGGCUGACCUUUCUGUCAGGAACUGUGAGUCUCCCUGCUGGGUUGGGAGGCUGAGUGGCCUUGUCUGAAAAGCCUGGGGUGGAUGGAUGGGUGCUGGCCUACACAGGGACUUGCAAUGCUGCUCUGGGAUCUGCCUCAGUUCUUUUAAUUGUUUUCUUUUCUUAUUUUUGAUUGAAUAUGAGUGUUCAUCUCAGGAUCUUCAAAGGACUUAAAAUAAAGAGUAGCAACUUAAAUGUUUGAAUACUUGAAAUCUAAUUUAAGGUGUUUUUCUCCAGAUGGCAGUCUAGCUAUAAUAAAGUUCAGAAGUUAGUAAGAUAGAUAAUUUUAAAUAUAGAUGUUUGAAAUAUAUAAGUUCUGCAGAGUUAUUUUAAGAAAAUUUGGGCCUAAAGGUUAGCACUUGAGAUAUUGGUUGUGGCUGUACUCAGGACCUGGUAAUAACUAUAGAUUAUUUCUUACCACUUGUGUGUGAAACAUAUCGUGUGUAGGAGCUUGUCAGCAACCGUUCUUCCCCAGUGUCAUGGAUGUCGCACUCACGGCCCCAACUCACCCUCAAGUAGCUAGUAAUGGUAAUCAUGACACUGCAUACUUAGGAAUGUACAGCAGAAACUGUACUGUUUCUGUACAGUUGGCAAUUUCGAUCUUCUCAGAGAAAUCUUUUCAUGACUGGUUACUGCGUAGGAAACUCAGGCGUAGAAGACACUUGUGUGCUAUUACUCUGUACAGCCUCUAGAUCUACAAUAACUUGCAGCUGGAAGUCUAAGGAUCUCGGAGCUGGUGUUGCAUUUCAUCAGUCUGGUUCUGUGCUGUUGACCCAAGGGGAAAAAAAUAAAUAGGAUCCAGCUCUCAGUGAAAACAUGCAUGAAAUAAAGCUGUUGGUUCAGAGCGCUUGGUAGCACAAAGCAGAGCAUGUGUCUCAUGGAAGAGCAGUGCUGCCUUUCGAAACCAAGCUGGCUUUAAAAAAUAACCAACCACAAAUUGGGAAUCAAUUCUAAGAAUUGCUUGGUCAUGUUCACCAUGUAAUUGUGUUUGUUUUUUGUGGGGGUUGUUUGGUUUUUUUAAAAAUAUCAAUGGUUUUCUAAAUAGCGAAGAUUAUUAUUGCUGUUCCUUAAAUUAGGCUUUAACGCUUGGCAGGCUCAUACUUACAGAGAAGCUGCACUUUCAGUUCUUCGCAUUUUUAUCAUCAUAAAAUGUCCACUGUGAAAAUUAUCCCACAGUUUAAUGGAAAAGAAGAAGAGCUGCAAUUCAGGUACACAGAACAAAAAUGUCUAAUGUUACUUAAAACCUAAGAAUCCUGAGAAAUAAAAUGUAUAAAAUGUAA